AUGUCGAAAGUAUUUCGUUUUGCACCAGCUGUUAAAGAAUUACGUUUACAUUUAUGCCAAAAAUCUUCGACAAGCGAGGGUGCACGAAAAUUCAUCGAACAGUUUUAUGUGAACUUAAAACAACAAAAUCCAACAACACCCAUCUUGAUUCGAGAAUGUUCAAAUAUUAACCCAACAUUAUGGACACGAUAUGAAUAUGGCAUUGAAAAACAAAUCCCAUUGACUGGCAUGAAUGCUGAACAAGUAUUGAAUGCAGUAGAGAGUUUAACCAGCAAAACAACUGCAGCCAAUGCAAAUCGUUCGGCAAAAUAG